UAAUAAUCACUUCAUAAUGAAGAGAGACGGCUGUGGUGGUGAGACAGAGGCAGAGAAGGAGAGCUGGUCGGUCCACAAACCCUCACCAACAUAGACCUCCACAUCCUCCGGGCCGGACAGAGGUGAUCCUGCUGAGCGAGGAGAGGACAGAAGGAGACAACACGCAAGACUUUUUGGGGGGAGAGAGAGCAAAGUCGUAUGAUGUCCGUCGUUGGCGCGCAGCCUUUCAUCAAACCAAUGCAGCCAUCACCUUCUGUUUCGCCUGGCAUGCAAAGGAGGCACACACUGCCUGCGAGCGAAUUCCGACCGCUCAACACGCAAGAUGCCAUAAGCGUCUUUGAAAUCGAGCGAGAAGCUUUUAUUUCAGUGUCAGGUGAGUGUCCCCUCCACCUGGAUGAGGUGCGUCAUUUCCUCACACUGUGUCCAGAGCUGUCCAUGGGCUGGUUUGAGGAGGGCCGGCUGGUGGCUUUUAUCAUCGGCUCUCUCUGGGACCAGGACAGACUCACUACAGACGCACUGACUCUCCACAAGCCCUGCGGCUCAACCGUCCACAUCCACGUCCUCGCUGUCCAUCGCACCUUCAGGCAGCAGGGCAAAGGUCCCAUCCUGAUGUGGCGUUACCUGCAGUAUCUCCGCUGCCUUCCCAACGUGCGCCGAGCAGUGCUGAUGUGCGAAGACUUCCUCAUUCCCUUUUACCGCAAGUCAGGCUUCAAGGUGCUGGGGCGCUGUGCCAUCACCGUGGCCAACCUUACCUUCACAGAGAUGUGGUACCCCAUCAGCGGCCACGCGUACAUGCGGCGCAACAGUGAAGCAAUCCGUUUCCCUCAGCAUCCCUUGACUCUGCCAUUGACAAAGACUGGUGAACACGUUGAUGUAUGACAUGUCAGUGAGAUGAGAUGUCUGCACAGGUUGUCUUUCAGUUAAAAUCAGUGUUGUACUCUUUGUAGGACAUGUCAGAGGUUGUUUUUUUCAGUUUUCAGUGGCUGCUUACUCUGUUCUGUUGGACUUUUUUUCUUCUAAUCUCAUACUGAAGCUCGUCAAUCAAUCUUGUGUGAAAUGAUUUAUUGUGUACAAUAAAAACAAGAAUGUACUAUACUGUAAUGUGAAUUAUUAUAUGUACUCAAGUUCAAUUUGUUAGACUCUGUCCUGUGAGAGGACUAGAGUAGUGUGUUGAACUAUUACAACUCUAAGUGGAGUUACUUUGAUGGUGUGUUGCAUACGUGGUAGACCUUUGGAUUUGUUGCUGUAUCUCCUGCUUAGCACCUUUCUGGGCUUCCCACAACUAUGGACUGACGUCAGCGACCAGGCUUUAGCCGCUCAACCACAGCUUCUACAGCUCUAUUAGGGGGCUUUAGCUGUUGUAAACGCUGGAGGAUUUAGAAGGGGAUCCACUCAUCAUUUAGUCUGCAGAUCCAAUGACCUAACUUAAACCAACAUGUAGAUUUUGGU